AUGCAAAAAGUUGUGGAGCGGUUUCCAGGCUGGAACGAGGUCACCAUUGCCAAUCUGCAUAGCUUGUUUCUGCUCUUCGACAACCAGUCAAAUGGAAUGUUGGGACUUGACGAUUUUUGUGCAGUUUUAGAAAGUCUAGGCGACGAAACGGCCAUGGAGAUACGAAAAGAGAAAUUUAACGCAGCAGAUACGGACAAUGAUGGCUGGAUUACCUACGACGAGUUCUUAUCUCUAGUUUACAACUUCAACCCUCAAGAGAAAGGCCAGCUGACGGGGUUGGCGCUGCUUUGCAACGAAGUUGCUGACAACAUUCAAUUCGUCAGCAAUUUGACAGUUGGAGAGCAGUUGGAAUAUGGAUUGUUUUAA